UUGUAUGCACUAGCAUCAGGCUACGCAAUUGCUAGAAGGCUUGGAAGAACGCUGUACUAUCCAACGGAUGGCAGCGACAAAUUUUUAUGCUAUCUUGAGCUUAUAUCUCACGUGUUUCCGAGAACCACCUCCGUAUAUACAAUUAUACCAAUAAAACACGUGGAGUUGACGAUAGUUCCGUUUGCCACCGAUGAACAAGGUCUUCGAACAUGUUGUCGCUACGAUGAUCCGACAAGGGGGGAUGCAAGCGACUUCAUGUGUGUGCAUAUUCGUAGAUCCGAUUAUCUGGACUUCGGCGUAAAUUCAGACCUUCCCAGCACAUUGCGCGCGGCAGAAGACAUUGCUGCAAAAAAGUGGCUAGUUGUUAGCAACGGUGCAAAUUUUGGCGGCGGUAAUUUUGGCGCACCCGUAGAUGUUAGACAUUGUUUCUUGUUUGUAGGAUCCAAUUUGACUCGAUACGUUAAGAAUCUCACAAACUACCUCAUUUUUGGUGAUGACAAGAAAUUCAUGGAAAAGCUGGCACUUCUUCUAUCAACAAAUAAUUCUGGUCAAGAGAGGGUUGUACGUAGUUCGACAUUUCCCGAGAUUACCGAUUUCUACGUGGCUCAUCGUUUCUGCAAAGCAUUUUUCAUGCGCGUUCCCACAUCGACAUUUGCUUGGUGGUUAGCGUUUUUCUCACGUGACCAAGAUUCGAUAUUCUACUAUCAGAACCACUUGGUAGAUGAAGGUUUGAAGCCCGACUUUCACUUGUGA